CCCCCCGCCCGCGCGCCGGCCCCGCUACCUGCGGCGGGGCCGCCCCGCGCCCAUGAGGAGACACCGGCCCGGGCACGGCGCAGCAAUGCUGAGUGACAGUAAUGCUGUGAAGCUGAAAAGUGAUCAUUCACCUCCUGUGCAAUGGUGUAAGGUGGCUGCACGUGAAGAUGAGAAGACCAAGCUGGUUUUUAAAAGGUACUUGCAAAGUUCUUGUACUCUUUGUGGUCGGAGGGUGCUUCCUUUAUAUCCUCAAAUUACGUUUUGGCCCUGAAGAAUGUGACAGAACAAAAAUGCCGUAUGUGGACCUCGAUCGUGUAAGGAGAGCACAGCAAUAUGCCAGCGCCGCAUUGCAGGAGCAAUGCCGACCUUCUUACGUGAAGAAAGAAAUGAGCAGGUUAUUUGCAGAGAAAUAUAGCAUGGACGUAUCUCCCUUUGUAAGGAAAAAUGUAAAUGAAGAUGAAGCUUUGUUUAAAUAUGAACCUCCAUUUGGAUUUCACAAGUUUUUUGACAAGCUUAAAAAUCUUCUCGAACUCUUACCUGAGCAUGAUUUACCAGAAGAUUUGAAGUCAAAACACUGUAAGCGUUGUGUUGUUGUUGGCAGUGGUGGAAUUCUUCAUGGAUCAGAGCUGGGUCACUUACUGAAUCAGUUUGAUAUUGUUAUAAGGUUAAAUGAUGCACCAGUUCAAGGAUACACAGAUGACGUUGGUAACAAAACGACUAUAAGGAUGACUUACCCAGAAGGAGCCCCCCUUUCUGAACAUGAGUAUCCUCCUGCAAGCUUGUUUGUGGCUGUUUUGUUUAAAAGUGUUGAUUUCAAUUGGCUUCAAGCAAUGGUGACAAAUGAAACCUUGCCUCUGUGGGUGCGACUCUUCUUUUGGAGGGAGGUUGCUGAGAAAAUUCCUUUUACAUCAAAGCAGUUUCGGAUUCUAAAUCCAGUCAUUAUCAAAGAGACAGCUUUGGACAUCUUACAGUUCCCUGAGCCUCGAUCAAAGUUCUGGGGUUGGGAUAAGAACGUACCUACAAUCGGGGUCACAGCGGUUGUUCUGGCCACACAUCUGUGUGAUGAAGUUAGCAUAGCAGGAUUUGGAUAUGACCUGGACCAGCCCAGCACACCUUUGCACUAUUACAACAACCUCUGCAUGGCUGCCAUGAACGGACAAACUAUGCACAAUGUGACAAGCGAAACAAAAUUCCUGCAAAAGCUGAUCAAAGAAAAAGUUGUCAAAGACCUCACUGGAGGGAUACAUUGUGAAUUCUGCAGCAAAGACAGCUAGUGACUGACGUGCAGCAUGGACAGGACUUGUUAUAUUUCCAGAUCAACCAUUUUGCAAUCUUUAGUUCUUUAAAGUGUAUAUAAAAUGGACGUGGAAUCCCUGCUGCCUUUUUUUAAUGUCGCGUUCAGUUCGUUGGACUUGUAAAUUAAUUUUGUCAGGUUUUACUUUGCACAUUUUUGUGAAUAGCUGUGUAAAUACGACCUGGAGUUGAGAGAUGUGUUUAAUGUAUUUAAAAUGUUUUAAGUUGUCUGAAUAAAAGCAGAUUUUUUUGUUUUCAGAUGUAUGUGGAACGCACAUCGCUGGCCUGAAUUGUCUAACAGCACCCGAGUGUUGUUUUCCACUGAACUCCUGUCUUUGUUGUUCCAGUUCUUGGUGUCUGACUCCUUUUCAUGCAUACCAUGAAAAGAAGGGCGUGUGCUUCUGAAGUCUUUCAUUACUUGAACUUGAGCAUUGUGUUCCCCCCUCAAAUAUUUAUAUUCUUUUGGUUUAGUGCUAAUAAUUUUUUUGGUGCAAAGGAGAAACGCGGGAAUGGAGUUGAAGGAAAAGGAAUUGUUGUGGCAACAACCGAGUAGUGAGUACCUUGGCAUUCAUGAUUGAUAUCAAAAUCAUUGAUGUAUUAAUGUAUUGGGUUAGAAUCCUACCCCAGUUAAAGAAGUGGCAUUAAUACAAAAUCUGCCCCCUUUUUUUUUGAGUGAAUUGAGGAUUGCUGGUUCUGUAAAACACCAGUUUGUAGGAAUUAUUUAGCAAUAAUAGAAUCUAUGACUAGGUUACAAUUUCCAUUGGUUGAUUUUAUGAUCUUUAAGUAAUUAAUUAUAGAUAUCAUCACCUUAAUAGUUUGCAAUGCUGAUAACCCUUAUGAACUCUAGUGUUGACUGUUGGAUUGAAGGAGGAGGUAGAGUUGUUGGUCUUCUAGGAACUUUUAAGUCAGCAAUUGGGUGAGUGUGUAUAAGUAAAGAAGAAAAUCACUUUGAGAAAGCAGUAUAAUCUAGUAACAAGCCAGGUAACUGCUGAAGACAGCAUAUUUAAAAAGGAAAGAGAAGAAAGCUACAGAUAUGUUCUUGUGAAUGGAAAUCAGUCCACUGCAAAGACACUGGGCUGUGCAGAUCUGUAAGCAACUUUUGGCAUUCAUUUUUAUUUUGUAACUACUUGAGUGUUAGAUAUGACUGUUUGCACUGACUAGUGGUGUUGCUUAAUCUACACUAUGUGAAAGAGGCUUUCUUUGGAAGUGAAAGCUUUUUAGCAAGUUGAUCUAAGGUUGGCCUAGAAACUUUGUUCAUAAUCAUGGACUCUUCACAUGGUGAACGUUCCCACUUUUCCUUUUGUUAUGGGCAAAGAUAUGAAUGUAGUUGUAGUUCUAAAGUUUCAAAAUGCAAGAUUAGGGAGGUUGUGUUUUGUUAUUUUUAUUCCACGAAGAGAAGAUCUAGUGAACAAUGACAUUAGAAUGCAGCAGACUGAUUCUCACUGUUACUCUAAAAGGCAAUGAAAUGACAUCAGCUCAUAAAGCAUAACUCUGGAGAAAGUUGUGGACCUCAUCUUUCAUAAUUCCCAUGUACCUACGUGUCCUUGAAAGCCAGCUGUGGGUGGUGAGCAAAUUUGAAAAUCAGAAGUUUUUGUCACUGACACUGUCUGUGUUCUUAGCAAUCAUAUUAAUCCAGCCUCCUCCUCCAUGAGAAACUUUAAUUUUUACACUAGCAAUAAAUUUCUAGUGUAUGUUUUUCCUGUAAGUGUAAUAUAUUGUUUAAUUUAAAAGUAUUUCAUGUGUGAAGAGUUUUAUACAAAUAUCCUUUUAGUUAAUAUAUUAAAAUGCAAAUCAAAAUUAAAAUUAUUUUCUCCUGGUAUUUAAACUGGAAGCAAAAUACCUUAAUUUCAUUUAGCAUUAGUGAAAAUUUGGAAGAUUUCAGAAUAUGUGCAUUGGGGGGAUGUCCUGAAUACACCUAAAGUAUGUGUUUCUGAGCACUUGGGUCCCUCACCAGUUUGCUUUAUUCAGCAACUUAAAAAUAAUCAGGUUGAUUAAUGUAAAUGCCAAUAGCUUUUGGGAGAUGCUGUAUUUACUGUGAAAUUCUCAGAUUAUGUUGAUGUAGGAUUAGAUUGUUUUCCUGUGAGUUUUAUGGCUUGUGAUAAAACCUUGUUCUCCAUGGUUGUGUGUGCUGCUUUGAAUGUGCCUGCGUGGACUCGACUCUCUGUGAAGUGGCAGCAAAAAGCAAUAAACUGAUGAAACCACUUUCUAUUUA